GGUGCCAUGGUGACCAAGAGUUCCGCGCUCCUCUUGCGUCCUCGUUCCUCAAUCGCCACACACCCCGCGCUACACCUUGCAACUCUGCUCUCUCUCGAUCCGAAUCCAAGAGCGAAGAAGACGAUGGCGUCGUCUGCUGCCUUGCUCCAAGCUUCCACGGCCUUCGCUCCUGUCUUCUGCCCGCUCCCGUGCCGGCCCCAGCCCGCGCCACGGCUCCAUCUCCGCGGCUCCCCCAACCGUCGCCGCCGCGGCGUCGCACUCGCCGCUUCCUCCGCCGCGUCGUCGGAGGUAGAGAAAGAGCCGUCGACAUCGCCCUCGUCCUCGCCGCAGGAGUCUGAGUCGGCUGUCGCGGACAGUGUGAAGGUGCUCAAGGAGGCGGCCAAGACAAGGAAGGUGCCUGCAUCAGAGGUGCUUUCAGCAUUGUCCAAGAUCAAGAAGGCAAAGCUUGACACAUCGACAUUCUUUGAGACACUCGGCGGGACAGAGUCUCCAGGCAGGACAUGGAUGCUCAUCUUCACUGCUAAGGGGCGGCUAGAGAAAGGGCAGUAUUUCCCAGUGACUGCAGUCCAGCGCUUCGAUGCUGCGGGAAAACGGAUCGAGAAUGGUAUAUAUUUGGGCCCCAUUGGGUGCUUAACCUUUGAAGGGAGGCUAUCAUGGAAAAAGAAAAUACUUGCAUUCAUCUUCGAGCGGGUUCGCAUAAAGGUUGGACCUUUCGGUCCCCUGGAAAUCGGCCUUGGAAGCGGCGAUGAUGGCAGGGAACCCAGCACAAAGGACCCGUUCUUUGUUUGGUUCUAUGUUGACGAGGAAAUCGCUGUUGCGCAAGGCAGAGGCGGGGGAGUAGCUUACUGGUGCAGAUGUCAGCGCGUACCCUGAAAGAGUGAAGGUUCAGUUCACUUCAAUCGUUACUGUACAAGAUCAGGAAACUUCCUCUGUAGUCUGUAUAGUUAGUGUUCAUCUUUGCAAUGCCUGCUUUGUCUCCGGAAAAUAAAAAUAAAAGGAGGUGCACAUGAUGGAAUAUUGAGGUGAUACACUUGUAGGCUUCAAUUGAGGUUCUGUAAUGAACUGGUGUUUUCACUGAAAACUUAGGCCGUGUUUCAGCUUCUCA